AUGACUGAAGAAAUCACUAAGCUAGUUGUCUUUGCAACCAGAUCUGACAAGGAGAGUCAGUUUCCUCUAGCCCCCUUACCUGAGGGUAAUUACGGACACCAGCAGAAAGGGCUGGUGAACACACUGCAAGGAUCAGAUUGUCCAAGCUCACAGCCUUCAGUAUUAGCCAUUAGGAGAAGUCCAUCUUCUAAUGCCUCCAACACCACUACACUUUUGAAGGAAAGUAUGGGGAUGUGUUUGUGGAUCAAGGUAGAGAAAAUUGUUGAUAAGAGGAAAAACAAGAAAGGAAAAACAGAAUAUUUAGUGCGAUGGAAAGGCUAUGAGAGUGAAGAUGACACGUGGGAACCUGAACAGCACCUUGUGAAUUGUGAGGAAUAUAUACAUGAAUUCAAUAGACAUCACAGUGAAAAACAAAAAGAAAGCACAUUAACAAGGACAAACAGGACUUCUCCAAAUAAUGCAAGAAAACAAAUUUCUAGAUCUACCAAUAGUUCGUUUUCAAAGACUUCUCCCAAGUCUUUAGUUAUUGGGAAAGACCAUGAAUCAAAAACUAACCAGUUGUUUGCUUCUGCCCAGAAGUUUCGGAAAAAUACCAAUCCCCUCUCUGGUAGAAAAAAUAUGGAUCUUUCAAAAUCAGGUAUCAAAAUCCUUGUGCCCAAAAGUCCUAUUAAAAGUCGGACAGCAGUGGAUGGAUUUCAGAAUGAAAGCCCUGGUAAGCUGGACCGCAUAGAACAGGAUCAGGAAGAUUCUGUAGCACCUGAAGUGGCAGCAGAAAAACCAGUUGGAGCCUUAUUAGGACCUGGAGAAGAGCGUGCCAGAAUGGGGAGUAGGCCAAGAAUACAUCCGUUAGUGCCACAGUUACCUGUACCAGUAACCACUACCAUUGCAUCUGCAUUAACAAUAAAUGGAAAAGGUACAUCUACCUUCAUAGAAGCAUUAGCAACCAAUGGUACCAACAUACAGACAUCAGUGACAGCCAGCAAAAGAAGAUUUAUUGAUGAAAGGAGGGACCAACCUUUUGAUAAGAGACUACGAUUCAGUGUGAGACAAACUGAAAGUGCUUACCGGUACAGAGACAUUGUUGUCAGGAAACAAGAUGGCUUCACGCACAUUUUAUUAUCAACCAAAUCAUCAGAGAACAAUUCAUUAAAUCCAGAGGUAAUGAAAGAAGUCCAAAGUGCACUGAACACAGCAGCAGCUGAUGACAGCAAGCUCGUCCUCCUCAGUGCAGUUGGCAGUGUCUUCUGCUGUGGCCUUGACUUCAUUUAUUUCAUACGGCGCUUGACAGAUGAUAGAAAAAGGGAAAGUACUAAGAUGGCAGAUGCUAUUAGGAAUUUUGUAAAUACUUUCAUUCAGUUUAAGAAGCCCAUCAUUGUAGCAGUAAAUGGCCCAGCCAUUGGACUUGGAGCAUCUAUAUUGCCUCUAUGUGAUGUGGUUUGGGCUAAUGAGAAGGCUUGGUUUCAGACUCCAUAUACUACGUUUGGGCAAAGUCCUGAUGGAUGUUCAUCCCUCACAUUCCCAAGAAUAAUGGGCCUGGCAUCUGCAAAUGAAAUGUUGUUCAGUGGAAGGAAACUGACUGCACAAGAGGCAUGCGCAAAAGGACUGGUGUCUCAAGUUUUUUGGCCCGGAACAUUCACCCAGGAAGUCAUGGUUCGAAUUAAGGAACUUGUCACUUGUAAUUCAGUUGUACUUGAAGAAUCCAAAGGUUUAGUUCGUAAUCUAAUGAAGGGGGAUUUAGAACAAGCAAAUGAUAAGGAGUGUGAAGUUUUAAAGAAAAUUUGGGGAUCGGCUCAAGGGAUGGACUCAAUGUUAAAAUACUUGCAGAGGAAGAUUGAUGAAUUUUGAAGAGAUGUGCAUUGACACUGGAAUUGUAUUUACUUGGACAUCUGGAUUUCGUGGAUGCCCUAACUGAAUUUAAAAAUCUAAAAUAAA